AGAAUCGUGAAUCGAGAAUUGCGAGAGAGAUCUCAUUCUCCCUCUCGCAAUUCUCAAAAUCCUCAAAUCCAAUAAAAAUAUUUUAAUGUAAAAUUAACCUGUUGAUCCACUAUGUCGAUGAUGUUUCCAUCAUUUCAGUUGCUAGAGUUGAACAUAAUCUCAGCUCAAGACUUAGCUCCCGUGGCCCGCAAGACAAAGACUUAUGCGGUGGCUUGGGUUCACCCUGAGCGUAAACUCACCACCCGUGUCGACUACAACGGUGGAACAAACCCAACUUGGAAUGAUAAAUUUGUAUUUAGAGUCAAUGAGGAUUUUCUCUACGCCGACACUUCCGCCGUUGUUAUUGAAAUUUAUGCAUUGCAUUGGUUUCGAGAUGUCCAUGUAGGUACAGUUCGUGUUCUCAUUAGUAAUCUCAUUCCUCCUAAUCGUCGUCCUGGAUAUCGAACCAGCAAUAAUGAGUAUCGUCGCACCCCACCUCCGGGAAUGAGAUUCGUUGCACUUCAAGUUCGUCGUUCUUCAGGUCGACCUCAAGGGAUUUUGAACAUUGGUGUUGGAUUGCUUGAUGGUUCUAUGCGGAGCAUGCCACUUUAUACGCAUAUGGAUUCUUCUGCUGUGGGAUAUAGAGAUUUGCUUGGAGAAGAGGAUCAUCAUCUACAACAUUUGCAUUUAAACAGUAAUAAAGGGAGCUCAAAGAAUCCACAAUCUCCUUCUUCGAGACAAUAUCAAUCUGUAAUCUCUAGGCCUGAGCUCCGUCGUACGAAGAGUGAUACAAGUUCUAUGGUGGUCUCAGAUCUUCUUAGUAGAGCUGAACGAAGCCGUUUGGCUAAUAGACAACCAGCAAGCGUAUUAUUGAGCAGUGAAUCAGAAACUAUGCCUACAACAACAGAUUACGACGAUAAAAAAUUGUCUGAGGACUCGCUUCCUAACAAAACCCCUAAGUUUUCAAGACAAAGAUAUGAUUCUAUCGAAUCAGACCUCAUAGAUUCAGCGCUAAUAGAGAAACCUCAUGUGGUAACGCUGAGAAGGGAAAAACAAAAAGUUAUAUCUUAUGGUUUAAACCAUCAAUCACGUCAAACAUCAAGAAAAAAGACAAUGUAUGAAAAACAAAGAUCAAAGAAUGAUUAUGAUCACGGUCGAGCUUCUCCAUACUUAUCAAGGCAUGGGACACCGUUGAGAUCAAAUAUAAUCGCAUCUACUCCGAUGCGAUCUAAUGGAGUUGGAUCCACUCCAAUGAGAUCUAACAUCAUCGCAAUGUCACCAAUGCAUUCCAACAUGGUUGGAUCGACUCCAAUGCGAACUCCAAUCAGGUCUAACAUGGUUGGCUCAACUCCAAUGAGGUCAAACAUGAUCAGAUCUACACCAAUCCAAUCAAAUUACAUGGCUGCACCGAUGAAAACUCAUCAUGAUUUUGGUACACCAAUGAGAAACUUAGCUCGAAGAAGAAUUUUAACUGAAUCGGAGUUAGGUCCAUCACCAUCAGAAGUGGCUGAAAAAUUGGCGAAAGAUAAAUCGCAUGAAACAGAGAGCUCUAUACUUAGCGAAUGGAGUAUCGACGAAUCUAGCAUUGAAGGAUUACGUUCCAAGCUAGAGAGAUGGCGAACCGAGCUUCCACCAUUAUACGAUAUAGGAUCAAGCCACAUAAGCAGCAGUAAUUAUGAUGGUGCAAGCGUCCAUGUCGCAACCGCCGGUGGAGGAAUGAGUUCACGGCGAAAAACUCCUGCAACGAAAAAACAUAAUCGUCGUCACACUGACGGAGGUAAUGGACUUUUUUCAUGUUUUAGUAAGAUUUGUGGCGUGGAAUGCAGUUUUGUUUGCGGUGGUGGUGAACCUAUAGAAUCUGAUGGGUCUACUAAGAAAGGUGGAGCUGGACGGAUACAUCGCUCAUAUUCUACUGAUGAUUUGAGCUUUGUGUAAUCUUUAAUUUUAUAUUAAAUUCGUAUUUUUAACCGAAUCCAUAUAUAUUUUUUUUUUGGAAUGGAUGAAUAUAUCAAUCGUUAAAAUAGUAAACAAAUAUAAUCUUAUUAAAU